UCCUUCUUUUUCCCAUUUUUGUAGGUUUUUUAUGGGUUAUUUAAAGGUUCCUUUUUUCAUGCCAUAAAUCAGGGAAUUUCCAUUAAUUUCUUUUGGUUUUCGAAACAGGCUUGGAAAUUCUUGGGUUGUUAUUGGUUUUGCCAAAUUUCAAUGAAUGAAUGAUUUAAUGAAAAAAAAUUUGAGUUUUUUUUUUUAAUUGAAAACUAUUCCUUUCUUUCUUUAUUUUCCCAGGAAAUAUUAGCGCGGGAGAUUGAAAAAACUAAGAAUUAAACCACACAAUGUUGGGUGAUUUCCUUACCAGAUUACUUGUGUUGAUUCUUGGAUAUGCAUAUCCAGCGUUUGAAUGCUUUAAAACAGUGGAGAAGAACAAAGUUGGGAUCGAAGAACUCAGAUUUUGGUGUCAAUAUUGGAUCCUCAUGGCUUUUCUGAUAGUUUUCGAACGAGUAGGGGAAGUAUUCAUUUCAUGGUUACCAAUGUAUGGUGAGAUGAAGAUUGCACUUUUAGUUUACCUAUGGUAUCCUAAAACUAAGGGAACUGGAUAUGUGUAUGAUACCUUGUUUCGACCAUUCAUGGCGAGACAUGAAACAGAAGUGGAUAGAAAGAUACAAGAGGUAAAAGCUAGGAUUUGGGAUUUUAUUUCCAAGUACUGUCAAAAUUUUGCAGAAAUGGGACAGGGAAAAUUCUUUGAAAUGCUUCAAUAUAUCGCAAAUCAAUCUAACAAGUUUAAACAACAAGCACAGGUAUAAUUCUUGAAGAUUUUUAUAACUUGAAAGAGAAACAAUUAGCAUUCAAGUUUCAAGUUAUUUGAACCAAACCUGUUUUGCAGAGACCUGAUAAUCCAGUUCCGGCGGCAGCGGCGGCAAACGGUCACCGUAGUCAAUCUGGGGGAAGUGAGACUCGAACUUCAACAACGAUCAAUCGUUCCGCUCU